CAUCUUCAGUGUCAGAGAUGGUGACUCCUCCUCGCCUCUUCCUCCUCCCCUUGAUCGCCUCCUUCCUCUCCCUCUCGUCCUCUGGAACCCAACCUCCUGCUCCUUCCUCUCUUAUCUUCCCCGUCGUGAAAGAUGAGGCAUCCCGCCAAUACUACACCACCAUCGCCCUCGGCACCCCGCCUUCCCCCGUGAAGGCGGUGCUUGACCUCUCGGGCUCAUACUCUUGGUUCGACUGUGCUGCCCACUACAACCCGUCGUCGUCCUCGUCCCACCGCCACAUCCUCUGCAGCUCGGCCAGGUGCAGGGCCGCCCGCGGUGGCGGCUGCUUCAAUGACACGUGCAGUGUGUUCGUGCACAACCCGCUGACGGACGUGGUUAUCGAAGCUGGGCUUGGCGAGGACGUGGCGGUGGUGCACCACACCGAUGGGAUCAAGUACACGUCGCGAGGAGUAAUACAACUUCCUUUCUCUUGCGUGCCUUCGGAGUUCAUGCGCGGCAUCUCUGGAGCCGGCAAUGGCGUGAUCGCGCUUUCCCUCGCUCCAACCUCGCUCGCUACAAAGUCCUCGGCCGACCUCAACCUUCCCCACAAGCUCGCUCUCUGCCUCCCGUCUUCUUCUUCCUCCUCCGGCCACGGCGACUUCUACCUUGGCGGUGGCCCGUACCUUAGGCCUCCGAUCAAAGAGGACAUCUCGAAGUCGCUCCUCGUCACUCUGCUGCUCAUCGAUCCAGUCAGCCAACCGCCCUCUCACGGCUCCGCAUCUCCGUCCGACCAGUACUUCAUUGACGUGACCGCCAUCAAGGUCAAUUUUGCUCCGGUCAAUUUCAAGGCAUCGUUGUUAGCUAUCGACAAGAACGGAAGAGGCGGGACCAAAAUUAGUACCCUGACUCCGUACACGGUCCUCCACUCGACCAUCUAUAAAGCUCUGGUUGCGGAGUUUUCGAGGCAGGCGGCGGAGAAGAAGAUCAGGAGAGUGGAGCCGAUUGCACCGUUCGGGGCAUGCUUUGACACGAGGAGCGUAAGGAGUGGGGUGGCGGGGCCGGAUGUGCCGGUGAUUGUGCUGGUGCUCCGGAGCGAUGCACAGUGGAGGAUCGAAGGGGCGAAUUCGAUGGUGAGGGUAAGCAAGGAGGUGAUGUGCCUGGGCUUUGUGGAGGGGGGGUCAAGGCCGAGGACAGCGAUCGUGAUCGGGGCGCACCAGAUGGAGGACAAUCUGGUGGAGUUCGACGCGGCUUCGUUGAUGUUCAGGUUCAGCAACUCGCUCCUGCUUCGCAACACCAGUUGCUCCCACUCUUGAGGUCGAGGAUGGAGGUUGUUGCAUUCGCUAGUUUGUCCGAUGAUUCUCAGUUGGGUCAGUGUCCUGUUUAAUCAUGAACGUCUGUUUGACUUUUUAGUUUGCUGCAAUGUUUGGACUAA